AUGAAACGCGUGGUCAUCUUUUUUGACAGCUGGAGCAACCCACAAACGGUGUUUUUUGCGCUCGUCCUGGAAAAGAUCCACAUUUUCGAUGAUGAAAAGGACCCGGAGAACGCACGGCCGAACGCUAAAGGGAUCAUCACCGGCCUGUACGACUGCUUGGAGAGAUGGGACGGAAUUGGCUUUGUGCACAAUGACAUGAAGCCGGAGAACGUGGGGUUUCCUCUCGACGGCGGAAAUGGAAUGACCAAACUUAUUUCUUUCUUUCUUUCCAAGUUCGAGCAAGGCGUCGAAACAUCAUGGGCCUCGUUUACAUCGCUGCGCGUUUAUGACUUCGGAAUGUCUACUAUUGUCGACAAGAACAACAAUUCCGGGACAGUCUUACUCGGAAAAAUUACCAAACUGAAAGCAGUUUUUCAUGCCCACUGCUGUAAUUACAAGGUUUCGCCUGUCUAACAUAAGGUGGGAGUGGGACUUUCACCUUCUAGCUGCCUUCUUCAAGUCGUGUAGCCGCACCACGACUAUGUAGUACUGAUGAAUGAAUAAACAGACACGCAGCCGGCCUAGGCCAAAAUAUGAAGUAAAAUUUAUUUGGCCUGGACCCGCUGCGUGUCUCUUUCUUUAUUCAUUCAGUACUACAUUACUACGUGAUGUAUGCGCGUGCCUUGCUGUACUAGUUCCGUCAGAUAUUGAUCCUCUGGCGAUCAAUUUCUCUUUUUCGAGCUGGUAUGAGACAUAGCCAGACAGAUAUAGGAGGUAAGAGCAGACAGUGAUCUUCUAUCGUAACACAAAAAAAUAUUAAAGCAGAACAAAAUCGAAACCUUGUUGUAUAGCUCUAGGUGCAGUGAAGGCUGUUGAUUUUGCCCUGAUAGUUUCAUCGUUCAACCAAGAUCUGGGCGCUUUCUUUCAUGGCACGCCUGGCUACGCGAAUCCGGAAAUGCUUGUGGCGCAUCUAUCGGCAUUGGCCAAUCGUCCAGCAUUUGAUUUUGAUCCUUCUCCUCGACUAGCUUUACCAGGCCAACCUGUUCAACGUGGUGCUGGUGUUUUGCAAAGCCAAAUCCGGACACAGCUCCGGGACAAGCAGCCUUCCUGCAACGCCAAAGCCAAUGAUGUGACGUACGGACCAGCCUUUGAUCUUCAUGGUUAUGUGGUUCAAUUCCCAAGUAGAAAAAAACGAGAAAACCGAAAAAAAAAUUUCAUUAUAUGGGCGCCGAAGUGGAGUCAACGGCGAAGAAUUCCAGUGAUAAGCCUGGGCAGGGCGCAGAGAGGAUCCUGGUGAAUAGCACGUUGCUCAAGGUGCUGCACCAGAAAGCGAGAGAGCAAAACGGGCGGAAAAAAAUAACUUGCAACACUUAUGAAAAGAAAUCGCAGAGCUCGUUCGUGUUGCACGAGCAAAAAAAGCCUCGGAAAAUUCCGGCGUGGCGCCACAGCCACAGGAACCACUGCCGCGUGGGCGAGGGUGUCCCAGCGGUGUCUGUGUGUUGGUGUUUUGUCUUAUCCCGCCGGGCCUCGAAAAAAAUCGGCCAGGGGACAGGGAGAGCGCAACCGAAAAAAAAGUCGCUUGCGCCGGGGCCAUUUUUUCGCUGGUGGGCACCCAGCUCGCGGAGCCGGGCAAAAAAAAAUCAGAAAAAAAAAAACGCUGCCGCGUGCGGGCGGCGGAAAAAACUGAAAAAACUAGGUGCGCAGGCGGGAAAAAAAACUGAGAAAACUGAAAAAACUAGGUCGCGGGAGCGCCCUUAAGAUUUCCUUCCCCAUAUGCGCUAUAUUUUUAAGCAGGCCGUGUUUUUCUAGUUUUUUCAGUUUUCUCAGUUUUUUUUGGCCGGGGAAAAAAUUUUAUCUGCGCUAUUUUUCUUCGCACCAGCGGGACCGUUUUUUUUUCCCGACCCAAAAAAGUAAAAAUUUUUGCGCGCCCGGACAUUUUUUUCCCAGAAUUCCGUCGCUCGUUUUUUUUUCGUUGUCGGGCCCGGUCCAGCCGGCACAGGCAGGAGAAAAUCCUGCGGCCAAGUGGCAAGCGAGAUUUUUUUGUGAAAAGGGAGCCCGGCUGACGGGCGAGAUAUCGCGAGGUCGUGGGUGUAGCCAAGUUGCCUCUUCGUGAUUUUUUUCGUUUUCUCGGCGAUCUGAAAAUGGGCGCACCUCCAUCGGACAACGCUUAGUGGGGGCUCGCCCCCACACACAGACCACGAAGUUGCAAGACGGAAGAAUGGUGGCGCGCAGUGGAGUAGUGCACGAAGUUGCAGAACGUCGAGAACCCCGGUCAGCUACAGAUGGCAGGCUGCGCCGUAGCCUGCAGCAACAGGCCUGCGAAUCAUUUUUUUUUUUUCGGUUUUCUCAGUUUUCUCGACUUGGAAUUUUUGGCCUCUUGAUCAUGGUGCGGCGCUGGCCUUGUUCGGGAUUCUCGGGGCCUUGCCAGGCGACAACGAAACGGAUCCUCCACAAGUGCCAGGCGACAACGAAACGGAUCCUCCACAAGUGAAAGUUGGCUUUCCACCGAAGCUCUUACAGGACGUCGUUCCGUGGGAAAUAUUUGCCGAAUCCCUUAAAGUUGAUGAAAACCAGCCCGAUUCGGCAUCGAAUUCUCGAACAAAUAAUCCUAGACUGUGGAGGCGCUACAGGCUGAUGGUGGGCCUUGCUGAGGAGCAAUUCGCAUUCGGGGCUCUUGGGGCUGGAACACGUACGCUGCAACCGAACAGAAGCUACCGGGACUCGUCGAAGCUUUUCCAGUACAAGCCAGAAACCGUGAAGCUGCUGCGGGACGCGACGGCGCUCACAGGAAUACACGACAAGGACUUGGUUGAGCUGCUGAUGAUUCCGAUUGAGGAAGCUGGAAAUCCAAGAACAACAUACACUCAGAUAUGGAUCGCAAAUAUGUCUGGGUCUGGAAGAUUGCCAGGUUUGUCAUGCAUAUUUUGCAUGGCUCGUGAUUGUCUGUAAUGCAUGGCCCAGCAUCGCAGAUGUUUAGAGGACUUUCUGAUGCCUGUUCCGCAUGAGAAAUGCCCUCCCCACGUAGUACAAAGUGGACUCCUUUCGCUGGUCAUGCAAUACAAAGCUUUUUACGGUCCAAAGACAGCAUCACAAGUUUGCAUCCUUCCAGACCCAGACAUAUUUGCAUUUCAUAUCAGAGAUGA